AUGAAAAUAUUUUCUUCAGUAUUCUCAGAAUCUAAAAUUCAAACAGUUUCUUUCCCAUCAUCAUUGAAAUCACUUGGUUCUUCAUGCUUUAAGAGUUGCCCUAAUUUAGAGAUAGUCACGUUCACAGGUAUGUCAAUCACAGAGAUUCCAGAAGACUGUUUCAACAACUGUCCAAAACUUCGAACAAUCAAUUUACCAUCAUCGAUCGAAAUCAUUCACAAACGAUCAUUCUAUGGUUGCACAUCUAUUAGUGACAUAGGACUAGACAAGACAAAUCUUAAACAGAUUCUCGAAGAAGCAUUUAAAGGUUCAAGUUUAAGUAUUGCAAUCCUUCCAUUAACAACAACAUUCCUUGAUAGUCAAUGUUUCUUCAACACUAAAGUCACCAAGUUUUCAGCACCUUGUGAUGUUUCUAAAAGUUGUUUUGAGUCAUCAGAAUCAAUUGAGUCAGUCGAUAUCAAUCAAGGAUGUGUCACAAUCAAUGAUAAUGCAUUCGACAGUUGUACAUCCCUCGUCUCAGUCAACAUAUCGAGCAGUGUUAGAACUAUUCGAUAUGGUGCUUUUGCAAACUGCAUCAGUCUUCGAAACUUCUUCAUCGGCAUAAAUGGAUCUCUCAAAACUGUUCAAGGCGGAAGUUUCAGCAACUGUCCAGACCUCCAUAACAUCACACUCGAUCCAGGUGAAGAUCACUUCCGAUUCUCUAGUGGUGCACUUACAGACUGGUAUGAGACAAAGAUCAUCUUCUUCCUUCCAAGCUCUAACAUCAACACAUUCAUCAUUCCUAUCAGCAUGCGCACAAUCGGCAGCUAUGCAUUCAUGGGUGCGACAAAGCUUACACGUGUCUUGUUCAACGGCAACCAGAUCGAAGAGAUCGGUUAUCAGUCAUUCAAAGGCUGUAUCAACCUCAAAUUCCUCUUCUUCAACCCACCAAGCCCUCGAAGCAUCAAUUCUAACUCAUUCGAAGACUGCCCAUCUCUUCACAAAUGCGGCACUAUCUCAUGCCCAACAUCAGUCAAAAACAUAUUCCUUCAAAACUCAUUCAGCGAGAAGAGUUUUUCUGUCACAUGUCCUGUCAACAAAGUCUGCUCAAUCCAAUGUCGUCCAAUGAAUUUCUUAUCAUUUUCUGUUUUUAUUCUCAUGUACUUACAAUAA